AUGAGAGUCUCCUCUUUGGCUGCCUUCGCGGCAUCCCCUUGGCCUCAGAGUCUGCUGCACUUAGCGGCUGCCUCUGGCAGCAAUCGAGGUUUGAGGCACAGCAGAAUCCUUGGAGCAGCAACAGCAGCAGCAACAACAACACUCACAACCUCGACCGAAAACGAUGCAGCCUUCGCGGGAGGCGACUGCAAGCCAGUACAGCAAGGAACGCCUGGAAACAAAGACUUUGCAGUCUUCUUCCAGAGACUGUGCGGCUCUCCUUGCUCCCCUUGGCACGACCUUCCACUCCUUGAGAAAGAUCCAACAUUCCAAAAUUCUCCAUUUCAACCCUCUCCCGCCGUUGCAGCGGCAGCUGCUGCUGCUGCUGCUGCUGUAACGUCCAAGGGAAGAGAUGCGGCCUUCGCAGCAUCCUCCCUCCCUUUGGUUCAGUUCGUUGCCGAAAUUUCUUGCGGAUCUGCUCUCAAGAACGAGAUUCGUUUGCAAGAAGCCUUCAAUCCCAUCCGACAAGACCGACAUAAGGAUGGUCAGCCGACAUCUCUAGUAAUCGGUGCGCUCGCGUUGAUUGAUUCUGGCGAGGUCGACUACAAGAUCUUGGUUGUGUCAGCGUCUUCGCCCUUCUUUUCGGCUCUUCACAGUCCCACAGACUUGCAAAUUCUUCGUCCGGGAUUUUUAGACACCGUCAAAGACUGGUUUAGACGGUACAAGGUGGGUGGAGCUCCGGGGGGCCCCUCGAAAGAAAACACUUUCGGGUACGGGGGGGCCCCUCUGGACGCUGCCGCUGCCUGGCGCAUGAUUCAAGAGGCACACGAACGGUACGUUGAGCUUCGCAAGAAUCCUUCUCGCGCCUCACACCUUUGGCUUCCCCCCGACACCACCCCCACCGGGCAAGCGGCCUAG